ACAACACACAGACAGAAUAGGCUCGACCGACAACUGAGUGAGUUGUAAUGCGCUCAUCUACUUUUCUCUAAAUAUUCGCUAAGGGGCACCGUUACACUGCUUUACAACAGAACUAAAGCUUCGAAAAUUAAGUGUUUAUAAUUGUAUCAUUGGUUUGAUUUUGAGCGCGGGACGCAGGAAGGCUGUGACGGCCUAGGCCAAAAGUGGCUACGGAUAGAUGUGGACCUACUUGGACAAUAUGCCUGUAGCCUGCCCUACAGGAUAACAACAUAGCUGAUAUAUACUCUCCCCUUCAGAGUUUACAGAACAGGCAAAACCAUUGCCUCAAUAAGCAGGGCUGCUCGUAACGAAUUUACAUUAGCUGAGUGCUAUAGAAACGUUUUAAAGAAACAUGCCUUGGCACUCUUAUUUUAGGCCCUGCCACCCAUUGACUUGACAGAGAAGUGUCUGAAGAGGGCCAGUGUCACGAGCAGGUGUUUGGCCAGUCAGAGCAGGGAGCAGCAUUUUGGUGUUCGCUCCCACAGUUGGACCAGCGAAUUACAUACCACUGAGGGACUGCAGUAAAGCAGUUAAACUUGGCAGAAAUCUGGAGGUUCCCAACCCCCUUAAGAUGUACGGCCUGUACUUGGAAGCGGUGAAUGAUUAUAUCAACGAGUCGUACGGGGAGGAUGUAUGGAGGCUGAUAGAGGCCCGGGCAGAGAUACCGCAUCUCAAGUUUGUCCGCCAUCAGAUGUACAAUGACAACCUGAUCCUGCGUCUGGCCAAGGCAGCAGGCGAGGUCCUGGGGAAGACCCAUGAUGAGCUCAUGUAUGCCUUCGGGGUUUACAUGGUGAAGAGGAUCGGGAACUACGGCUACGAGAGGAUUCUCAAGGUGUUGGGGCGUAAUGUGCGUGACUUCAUCAAUGAGCUGGACAACCUGCACGAGUACUUUCGCUUCUCCUUCCCCAAGGUGCAGCCUCCCAGCUUCUGUGUGGAGGAGGAGUGUGAGACCAGCCUUACCCUGCACUACCGCAGCACCCGCAAGGGCUUCACCCAGUUUGUCAAAGGCCAGCUGUCUCAAGUGGGAAGGCAGUUCUAUAACACAGACAUUGAAGUUGAGAUCCUGUCCAAAGAGGAGACUGAAAAGAUGACAUAUGUGAUCUACAAGAUGAACUUUGACAACGCUGCCUUCAAGCACCGCAUGCCCCAGCAAAAGACGGCCCCGGGGUACGAGAAGCUACCCAUGAAGAGGGGCAUCUUUUUCGACAUGUUUCCCUUCAGCGUGAUCUUCCGCCGGGACAUGACCAUGUACCGCAUCGGGGACGGUCUAAAGGAGGUCUUCUCCGACCUGCAGGGCAAGAAGGUCAACGAAGAGUUCACCCUGGUGCGGCCCAUGCUGGAGUUCAGCUGGGACAACAUCUACACCCACCUUAACAAUGUGUUUGAGCUACUGUCCAAAGCUGUGGUGGAGAGCAAGCAGAAGGUGAAUGUCCCUAAACUGAGCAAGGAAAAGGAAGACGAGGGAAAAGAGGAGAGCGAGAAACCCAAGAGAGAGGAAGAGAGAAGUACAGAGAAGUCAAGGGUCCGUCCGUCGCCACAGUCAACCGACAGGAGAGAUGUGAAGUCUGUGGAGGAGAUGAAGGGGGACCAGGAGUUCAGCAGUGCUCUGACCCAGUACAACAGCUCAGCCAACUCAGGGGGAGAGGACAUCGAGCUGCUCGCCUUCCAGACUGUCACCGGAAAGUGCAGUGAAACUAUCUUUGAGGAUAUGAGGGAACCUCCCAAGAAGCCCCUCCACCUGAAGGGUCAAAUGAAGUACGUCCCCCAGUGGGACUCGCUCAUCUUCCUCAGUACGCCCAUUAUAGAGACAGUGGAGGACAUGAUUAAAAUGGGUGUCUAUGUGAAUGAUCUGAACCUCCAUGACUCCAGCCGAGAGCUCAUCUUAGCCGGAACACAGCAGUCGGCUGAACUUCAGCUGGCUCUUGACCAGGAGCAACAGAAGUACGCCCAGCUCCAGGAGAUCAUCAAGAAGCUUGACGAGGAGAAGAAGAGAGGAGACUCCCUCCUCUACGCCAUGAUCCCCAAAGCUGUGGCUGACCGGCUCAGGAAGGGUAUCACGGCCCUGGAGACAUGCCAGGUGUUCCCGGACGUGACCAUACUAUUCAGCGACGUGGUGAAGUUCAACGAGAUCUGCAUCCACAUCACGCCCAUGCAGGUGGUGGACAUGCUCAACGAGAUCUAUAUCGUCUUCGACACGCUCAGCGAGAAGCACAACGUCUACAAGGUGGAGACCAUCCGAGAUGCCUACAUGGUGGUGGCAGGCGUGCCCAAUAAGACAACCUUCCAUGCCCACCACAUAUGUGACAUGGCCCUGGACAUGCUGAGCUCCAUCGACCACCUCAAAGACCCCUCCACUGGAGACAACAUCCAGAUCAGAGUCGGGAUCCACUCAGGGAUGGUGGUGGCUGGGGUGGUGGGGCUGAAGAUGCCUCGCUACUGUCUGUUUGGAGACACCGUCAACACUGCCUCCCGCAUGGAGAGCAACGGGGUGGGCAUGCAGAUCCACAUAAGCCAGACCACCAAAGACCACUUGGAACAUGAGCCCUACAUAAUUGAGGAGAGGGGAAAGAUCUUUGUGAAGGGUAAAGGCUACAUGAAGACAUAUUGGCUGAAGGGGAAGAAGGACCUGUCGUUUAAGACUCCAGCAGAGCUCCGCUACAGCAGUGAACAGAAGGACUCAGAGGACAGGAGCUCCAAUGGGUCCACCUGCACCAACACCAAGCGCUCCACCUCCAACCUGAACAUUCCCAACGAGGAGCAGGCAGAGGGCAAGCCCACCCCCACAGAGCUGCCUGCAGAGCCCUUACCUUCACUAGAGGGCGCCCCCGAAGACUCUACAGACCCCACCGAGCCACAGGAGAAGAAAGUCAAAAAGAACACUAAGAACAACAACAAAGGGGGCGUGGCCAAGCCCGAAGCUCCUCCGCAGCAGGUCAAUGUGGUGCAGGAGAGUGCAGUGCCUCCUGCUGCUGCCCAGGAGACCCCCACAGCCCCCCCGGCCACCGCCGCCCCAGUGCUCAACAACAAGAGGAACAGCUUCAGGCAGCAUACCAAGCUGCCCGCCCACCUUCCCAUGCGCAGCACUUCCUGUUGCCUACUGUGAGAGGAGAGGCGAAAAUAAUGUGACUGGCCUGCAUCUUAUUGACAGUCCUGUGAAGACAAACCCUGAAACUGACCCUAAACUUGAACCUUAACCAAUUAGAAAAUUCAACAUGGUUUCGCUGGUCAGUCACAUCCCUUUUGGUUUUCCCUACUGUGAGAUGGACCAGGCCAGAGUUCAAGACCUCUCAUCUCAGAUUAUUGGCCAGCCUUCCUGUUCAAUAUAUUGUAUGACGCCCUGUUGUUUAUCCUAUGUUUUUCCUUAGGCAGGACCUGAGUGUCCCCACAGCAACAUUCAGGGCAGCCCACACCUAAUGUAAUGUAUUCAUCCAUUUAUUCAAGGUGGAGUUAGAGGUAGACAGGGCGGACCACCCCACUUAAGUAUUAAUAGAGGAAACAUUGAUGCCCCUAAAAUUAAAAAAAUGUGACAUUGCUGAAUUUUUAAAAAUCUUCCAACAAAUAUAUACCAAUACUCAUGUCAAACAGUGGGCCUCUUUUGGUCAUACAAGCACCUGGCUAAUGUCACAGAUUUGUGCAUGUUGUUGAAAGGACAUGUCAAUAAAUGUACAGUUCAGUUUAUUACUGUCGGUGAAAACAAACAUUACAGUAUCACAAUGGAUUGGUAUACAGAGUAAGAUGAGAUGUCAAGAGAUGGUUGUAUUUUAUUUGCAUAAACUAGUUCUGAGAAGUCUGACCCAAGUUACAGUUCUUAUACUGUGUUUAAUGAUGGAAUAAUGUUGACUUUAAUAUUCAUUUAUAUAAUAGCGCUUUUCCUAAUGCUCUAAGUGCUUUACCUUUCUGUUUUGUAUUUGUAAUUUGUUGCACGUUUACUGAAUGUUAGCAUAUCUUUGUCCAUAAAAACUGUACAGACAAGCA